UCCUCCUCCAUCCCGAGUCUCAUGAAGUCACUGGCCAACAGCCGCUCACUGGGACUGAAGCUCGGAGGGGAGAGAGCUUCACACUGUUUAGGAUCUCUGGAGCGACCGAGGCGCCUUGCGCAGUUCGCUUAGGGUGACCAGCUGCAGCAGCCUCUCUUCAGCCUCCUCUCUCUGGAGACCGUAUGGAAGUACCAGGCAGCCGGAAAACAUGCACCUAACCUCCUACACGAUCCAACAUCCCGGUUUUUUCUCUAUGAGGAGGUGAACCUUGCAUCGGGAGGGAUCAUUUUUCGGUCUGCCUGUUUGUCUCCCUUUUCCUCUGUCUUACAGUUAACCGCUCGAUUUUUUUUUUUUUUUUUUAAGUCUUCAUAAACGAGGAGCUUUUGUUUCUCAAAGUCUACCUGCUUGUCCAGCACCCAUGAAUUCGGAUAAAAAUGCGUACCUCGGCAAAGACAAGGGCAUCAUGCGGAAGAGAGCUCUGCUCCUUCGGAAGGGUUGCAGCUUCGAGAUAACCAGCUCUGCCUCAGAGGACCUGGGCUGCAGGCGUGGAGACUUCAGCAGGAAACACUAUGGUUCGGUCGAGCUGCUGAUUUCCAGUGAUGCAGAUGGGGCCAUUCACAGGGCGGGACGCUUCAGGGUGGAGAACGGUUCAUUAGAUGAGGCUUCAGACUACACUCCUGGAACAUGGAGGAGAACGGACGUCCAUCUGGAAAACCCAGAGUACCACACCAGAUGGUACUUUAAGUACUUCUUGGGAAAAGUCCACCAGAACUACGUGGGUACAGAUGCCGAGAAAAACCCUUUCUACCUGUCGGUCGUCCUCUCGGACCAGAACAACCAGCGGGUCCCUCAGUACCGAGCCAUUCUCUGGAGAAAAACGGGAACUUUGAAGAUCAGCCUCCCGUACAGUCCGACUAAAACACUAUCAGUCAAGUCCAUCUUAAGUGCAAUGAACAUGGACAGGUUUGAGAAAGGCCCCAGGGAGAUCCUCAACCCAGAGAUUCAGAAGGACCUGCUGGUGUUGGAGGAACAGGAGGGUUCAGUCAAUUUUAAAUUUGGUGUGCUGUUUGCCAGAGACGGACAGCUCACAGAUGACGAGAUGUUUAGCAAUGAGACGGGGAGCGAGAACUUCGACAAGUUCCUCAAUUUGCUGGGUGAUACUGUCACACUGCAGGGGUGGGCAGGCUAUCGAGGAGGGCUCGACACCAAGAAUGACACUACAGGACUUCAGUCCAUCUACACGGUGUAUCAAGGCCAUGAGCUCAUGUUCCACGUCUCCACCAUGUUGCCCUACUCUAAGGAGAACAAGCAGCAGGUGGAGCGGAAGAGGCACAUUGGAAACGACAUCGUUACCAUCGUAUUUCAGGAAGGGGACGACGCGUCGUCGUCCUUCAAACCAUCUAUGAUCCGAUCACACUUCACCCAUAUUUUUGCUUUAGUCAGGUAUAAUAGCCAGAAUGACAGUUACAGGUUGAAGAUUUUCUCGGAGGAGAGCGUUCCACUGUUUGGACCCCCUCUUCCAUCUCCGCCUGUAUUUACUGACCACCACGAAUUCAGGGACUUUUUAUUAGUCAAAUUAAUCAAUGGAGAGAAAGCCACACUGGAGACGCCAACGUUUGCCCAGAAACGUCAGCGGACCCUUGACAUGCUGAUCCGCUCGCUCUACCAAGACCUCAUGCCUGACCUGCACAAGGUUCCCUUUUCUCCCCAGAACAUGUUAAACCGGAGGUCUUUCAGCGACGUGCUGCCUGAGUCUCCAAAGUCGGCGCGUAAGAAGGAGGAGGCCCGGCAGGCUGAGUUUGUCCGAAUAGGGCAGGCUCUGAAGCUGAAGACCAUCGUGAGAGGAGAUGCACCAACAAGCCUUGUUACCACAGGCCUGUGCAGAAAAGAGCCAUGGGAAUCUCAGUCUUUCAGCAGCACGUUCCCCUACGAGAUCAUAUGUGCCGACUCGUGGGGUCAGUCUCUGCUGGUGGCCACCGACACAGCGGGGGUCUUGAUGCUGGAUGGCCCUGAUCCACCGCUGCCCGGUGCUGAGACGCCGACGCUUCCCCCUGUGCAGGUGUUUGACAAAACCAUGGCAGUGAAGCAGAUGCACAUUCUGGAGCCUCAGGACCUUCUGAUUACCCGGGCAGACAAAGGAAAGGACGCUCGGCUGUACGUGUUCAGACUCGGCGGCAUCAAGAGAGGCCUGGAGGAACGGCAGCUCGUCAGAAGCAAGUGUGACUGCAGGGAGAACAAACUGGAGAAAACUAAAGGUUGUCAUUUGUACUCUAUCAACACCCACCACGGCUCUGAGCUGAGAAUAGUAGCAGCCAUCAGAACCAAACUCCUCCUAAUUACCAGGAAGCAUCCGCGUUUCAGCGCUGUCGCCACGGGAGCAGACUCCCCGGUGGAGGAGUUUCAGUACAUACGGGAAAUCUGUCUGUGUGACCCGCCUGUGGUGAUGGCGCUGGUAGACGGUCCGACCGGGGAGAACGACAACAUGAUAUGCGUGGCCUACAAACACCAGUUCGACCUGAUCAAUGAGAGCACUGGGGAUGCCUAUCGACUUCAUCACGUCGACGCCAACAGGGUAAACUUUGUAGCAGCCAUUGAUGUGUAUGAAGACGGCGAGGCGGGCCUUCUCUUGUGUUACAACUAUAUUUGUUACUAUAAGAAAGUUUGCCCCUUUAACGGCUCCACACCAAUGAUCCAGUCCAACACUUCUGAUUUCCACUUCAGCUGGAACCAGAUGCCCAACGCUAUCGUUUGCGCUUUUCCUUACAUCCUCGCCUUCACAACGGAUUCCAUUGAGAUCCGACUGGUGGUCAAUGGAAACCUUGUUUACACAGCAGUGGUCCCGGAGCUGCAGCUGGCUGCCUCGAGGUCGGACAUCUAUUUUGUCUCGUCGGCGCCGGUGAGCUCAGCCUCCAACUGCAGUUCCAGAGACACCAGCUCUCAGAGCUCCCCCCAGACGCCCACAGGCUACGAGAUGCCCGUAUUUCCUUCACCGCUCGGAGAUGAUUCAAUACGGAUCCCCUAUGGUACCAAGCUUUCCCUGUACAUGUCUAAGGACGCUGAAGGUGAAGCAACAUGUAAGCAAAUCUUCAAGAUUCCUCUGUGUAACCUGGUGGGCCGCAGCAUCGAAAGGCCCCUGAAGUCCCCCCUGGUCAACAAAGUGAUGACCGCGCCCGCCCCCGCCAUGAUGGCGCCCACUCCGCUUAUCUCCGCCACACACUCGCUGUCCCUGUCCCGCAUGGAGAUCAAAGAGAUAGCCAGCCGCACCCGGAAGGAGCUGCUGGGCCUGACCGAGGAGCCGAGUGGGAAGUCGGACAGCGGAUCAGUCAAACAGAGAAAGAUGAGCAAAAAGAACACUGAUGAGGAUCCCAAAGCUAGAGCGAUGACGUCAACAAACAGCGACAGCAGGUUAGCCUCAGAGUCGGUGGACGCGGAGCUGGACGUCCAGCUGUGCUGCUCGUCCGCCUUGGAGGCCGAUCCGGAGAUGGUGGUGCUGCAGGAGGGCAGUCCGCCUCUUGCCAGCGCGUUUGCCCUCUCCACGUCCUUCGAAGACGAUGUCCUGGACCUAAAGUGAAGACAAUCCUGUUGUGCACUUCUCUCCUCGCAUACCUUUGUGCUGUCACUGUCAUUUUGGUUUUUUCACUUUUGUUUUUUUGGGGGGGGGUUUGCCUUUUAAAAUGGUUUCUUGAAAUACAUCCCUGCCUUCUAAUAUCCUGGGUCUCCCCAUCCAUCAGGGUGUUGGUGGGAGUGACGAAAACAUGUCUCCACUCAUGUUUACCGUGCGUCACUUCGUCGGGUUUUUGUGUGGCCCUGCCCCCCCCCCCCCCCCCCCC